AGCAAUUUAUUUGGGAGUGUAGUGUGGGCGGCUCCUUCGUUAGUGUUUGUUCCUCUCAACCUUCGCUCCUCGACGAGUUCUCUUUUCCCCUUGUGGAGUGCAAAUUUGAUUGUUCAUCAAGAUGACUUAUUGGGCUGAUAAUAUCAAGUUUAUCAAGGAUAUCCUCGACUCCAAGUACAAGAAGAUUGAGGAUGCCAUCGUCGACAUUGAUGAGCAUUGUGCCCGUUUGGCAGAGGACAAAGACAACAAGAAGGCCCGUGAAGGAUUUCUAGAGUCUGCCCGCAUAUUGGAACUUUUGGACCAAAAGGAGUUGGAGACCUUGGCAGAAACAAUGUUCAAAGACAUGCCCGAGAAGGAACGUGGAGAGGAAGAAGUUCAUCUCAAACAGAUUACAGACAAGUUCAACGUGAACUUGGCCAAGAUCAAGGAGGCCCGAGCCAAGUACGACAUCAAGUAGAGGAGAUCCAUCCAUAGACAGACUCUUCUUGGAUGCCAUAAUUUGCCAAACGAUCUAACUGCCCUGGAACAACGAAUUUAAAAUGUCGGAUUGAAAACAAACCGAAGCGCAAUUUCGCGUGGGAAGCAUGCUACAAUUAUUAUGAAGAAACGUAAACACCACAUUACACCAACACCAAAUGUCUAAGAUGCUCACUUCAGGGCUUAAAAAGGCACUAAACACUAAUCAAGUUAUCCUUGUCUCAUCAUAAGUUCCUAUUUCAAUCCACACUCUUAUAAUACAACUCUGAUCCCUUUUUCUUGCAGUUAACUGAUUGUAAAAUAAAGAGGAGAAAGAGCGAGACAAAAUAAGUCUAACAAUAUAAUGAUAAACUGCUAUUUGUAAGAAAAAAAUUCCACACAUCAACUACAAUUGUUGCAUGCAUGAACCAUUAAGUCAUUUGUACUAUCGAUUUGAGUUUAUAAAAAGACAAUAAACAUGUUCCAAACAUA